UUUUUUUCCCGGUAAUAACCGACUCAUCACCUUGGCCGGCGUCCAGCCAAUGCGGGGCAGAAAGGAGUGGCAGGGAUCCAGAGCAGGGAGGAGAGGCGCUGCACUGUGUCUUUAAGCUCCAGUAAAAUCCAUCAGGGGGAGUCGCAGCCUGCGGGAGCAUUGUGUUUGUGCGCCCAGUACAGUGCAGGGACCUGCUCUGGGUUGGUGUGGAUGGGAUCCGGUGUUUUUCUUUGAGCUCAGGAUGGUUAUACCCGCACUUGAAACGCAUGGAGUAGAGUAAAAAGGCUUCAAACCCCGCCUAAUCAUGAGAUGCCACUGGGUUGUCUUUGCCUCACAUCUUAUUUUGCUGCCACUAACAGUUUGGUGCCAGCCUGUCAUCUUACCCAGCGGGCCUCAUAUAGUCGUCCCCAAGAGGGGCAAGCUGGAGCUGCGUUGCCAUGACAAUGCCACGACAUCUGGCGCCCCUUCCAGGUUGAGGUGGCAGAGGGAGAGGGGUCGCAGGCUGGAGGGAGAGGUGGAGGAUGGGGGAGUGGUGUACGUCAAGGUGUCAGCGGCACAGGCCUACCACAUGGGUCGUUACGUGUGUGUCAACAACAACACACUAGAACACAGCUCCAUCUAUGUCUAUGUGAAAGACCCCCAGAAUGCCUUCCAGCGCACCAUGGUGAAUGUCAUCCUGGUGCGUGCAGGUGAGAACUGCACCAUUCCCUGUCUUGUGACUGACCCUGAGGUCACCCUCCUGGCCUUGGAGACCUGCGAUGGACAACCUUUGCCCUCUGGUAUGAGUUACCGCAGCAACCUCCAGCGAGGCGUCAUCAUCAGCAAUGUGAGAAAAGAAUAUGAGGGCUGUUUUGUAUGUGUGGGACAGCUCGGUGGAGUCAAAGUCACCUCCAGCCAAUACACUGUGGAUGUACGACUUGUGCCAAAGGUGCCUCCUGUGAUCACACUCUCCCAGAAAGACACCGUUAUCCUGAGGAAAGGCGAGCAGUUUGAGAUUACCUGUAGCUCCGCCAACGUCAACCCGGACUUCAGUGUCAAGUGGGAUUUCCCUUCAGCAGCGCAUCCUGACGAAUCCCACACGUCACACAUCCUGUCCGGUUCCCGCGGUUACCAGCGUGCCACCUCACUCUUGAUCACAGCUGUCAACCAAUCAGACUCCGGCACUUACCGCUGCCACGCCCACAACGAGAGAGGCACCAGUGCCACAGCGCUGCAGCUGGAUGUCCGAGAUCAGGGAUUCAUCACCAUGUUAGGAAGCCCAGGUCCAGUCCAGGCUGAUGUUAAAGAGGGGGAGAGCCUGAGCCUCAAAGUAGAAUUGGAUGCCUAUCCUGCACCCAGGUCCCUGUCCUGGUCUUACAACAGCAAACAGCUCCUCAACACCACAGAGCAUGUUAUCACCAUCUAUCGCCGCAAAUACAGGCUCCUCAGCGAGCUCAGACUAGUGAGGGUCCUCGGCUCAGAGGGCGGGAUCUACAAGUUCUCAGUCCGUCAUGAGGACGCAUCUGUCAAUCAUUCAUUCCACGUGUACGUCAACAGUAAGCCGGUUAUCGUCGCACAGGAAGGCCCUGUUGACGGACAGGUGCGGUGCGUUGCCUCUGGUUACCCAGUCCCUAAAAUAAGCUGGUACUUCUGCGAGCUGCCCCACACGAGACCUCCCUGGAGGGCUGGGUUACAGAAGGAGAAAGAAGAAGAAAAUGGUCCUCCCCUUAAUGUUAAAUUGGUGAUUACGGCCCUGCAAUCUGGUGAAUGUAGCAAAAGGUGCUCACUCCUGCCCAACGCCACCCAAUGGGAGACUCCAGAUGUCGCCAUGGUGACAGAGUCCACCUUCGGUAGGAGUAAGGUGGUGAGCCGACUGAACGUGAGCAAGGAGCACGCACACUAUCACACCCUGGAGUGUGUGGCGAGCACAGAGGGGGAAGAGGCCUACACGCUGUUCUCCAUCAGUGAGCGCACCGUCCCCCAUAAACUCUUCACUCCUCUUCUAACUGGCAUGGUGGUCACUGGUGUCUUCCUCAGUCUCCUUCUGGUGGUGCUGCUCUAUAAAUACAUGCAGAAACCAAAGUUCCAAAUCCAGUGGAAGGUUAUUGAGAGUAUCUAUGGCAACAACUACAUAUACAUCGACCCCACCCAGCUGCCGUAUGACUCCAAGUGGGAGUUUCCUCGACAGAAACUUCGCUUCGGUAAAACUCUGGGCUCUGGAGCUUUUGGAAAGGUAGUGAGGGCCACAGCAUAUGGACUCUGCUCUGCAGAUACUGUUACAACUGUCGCUGUCAAGAUGCUCAAACCCAACGCUCAUGCUACAGAGAAGGAGGCGCUGAUGUCAGAGCUGAAGGUUCUCAGUUACCUUGGAAACCACGUGAACAUUGUUAACCUGCUGGGGGCCUGCACUGUCGGAGGCCCAAUUUUGGUGAUCACAGAGUACUGUUGCUAUGGCGACCUCCUCAACUUCCUGCGCAGAAAAAGAGAGUCCUUCUUAAACUCCCAAGUCGGUGAUGGUUACUAUCGCAACGUCUCGAACCCAACGGAGCCUGCAACAAGCAGAGAGGUGACUGGGUCAGGAUAUAUACCCAUGCGACCCUCUGAGAAGGAAAGGCCUUCCCAGUCAGAUGAUAUAGAGGAGCUGUCUCUGGACGCCGAAGAUCUCCUCAGCUUUUCCUACCAAGUGGCCAAAGGAAUGGAGUACAUUACAUCCAAGAACUGUAUCCACAGGGAUCUUGCAGCCAGAAACAUUCUGCUGACUCACGGCAGGGUGGCGAAGAUCUGCGACUUUGGCUUGGCACGUGACAUCACCACUGACGCCAGCUAUGUGCUCCGGGGCAAUGCUCGCCUGCCAGUCAAGUGGAUGUCUCCCGAGAGCAUUUUCGACUGUGUCUACACCUUUGAGAGUGACGUGUGGUCCUACGGCAUCCUGCUAUGGGAAAUCUUCUCUCUGGGUAACAGCCCGUAUCCUGGGAUGCAGGUGGGCUCAGUAUUUUAUAGGAUGAUUCAAGAUGGCCACAGGAUGAGCAGGCCCGAGUACGCUCCCAUUGAGAUGUAUGACAUGAUGUUGUCUUGUUGGAACCACGAUCCUUUGAAACGGCCUUCCUUCAGGAAACUGGUGGAGAGGACUGAGCUGCUGCUGUCUGAAAAUACCAGGAAUGUGUACCUGACACUGAGCAAUGCUCCAAGUCAUCCAGAGCAGCAGAGGGCGCCAUCGCGGAGACUGAGCUCAGUCUGCAGCACGACAGCCCCCACCCAGCCUUUACUGCAAAACACGGCUGACGUUUUCCUGGACUAUGUCUGACACACACUCCCACACAAACAGACACACACACACACACACACACACACACACACACACACACACACAUGCACACUGCUAUAACACACACAACCCCCCUACCUCCCUGAUCAUUCUUUCCUUUUACUGCACAAACUACAAGAGCCAAAUACACUCUAAACUACUAACAAUACAUUCACUCUUACUAACUUUCAAAUGCUGGCCUUUCUUUACACACACACACACACACACACACACACACACACACACACACACACACAAACAGAUACUCUGUAUAUAAACGACCCUGCACUGGGCUCUCAGUAUUGGCCUCUAUCUAAUCUCCCCAAUGGCGUAUUGAUCUCUGUGGUAGGUAUUUCAGGUGCACGUCUAUAUAAAGCAGACUCCAGCACUAACCGCCCAUCAGAUACAACAUCCCCCAUCAGCAGCGGGAGGAGUUUGGCUCACGUUCAGCCUUAGAUUACAUCUUAAAAUGCUUUGGGGAAAACAGAGACCUUUGACUGAGGAAUAGAUAAGCACAGUUGGUGCUGUGAUGAGUGGAAUGUUUUUUGUUGUGUCAGAUUUGUCUCCCGUUUUCUAAGCAUAUUUUGCCAUUUUGACACAAAUGAAUAUGGUUUACUUACAGAGAAUUUGAUGAGAAGAUUGAUGCCAGCCUAAUAUUUGCAGGUUUAAAACACUUGAUACCUUUUGUUUGUCAGGCACUUCAACCAGCCACAAUCAGUCCUCAGUCCCCAACAUUUUUCGUUUUUACACCCAAGCUGCUUUGGAAGUGCUGGUAGGCAGAUUAUGUUACCUUCGGACAGAGCCAGGCUAGCUGUUUCCCUUUGUUUCCAGUCUUUAUGCUAAGCUAACUGGCUGCUGGCUAUGGCUUCAUAUUAAAUGGACAGACACAUGGUAUCAUUCUUCUCAUCUAACUCUUGGCAAGGAAGCAAAAAGCGAAUUUCCCAAAAUAUUUCAAGUAAUUCACUGCAAGAGUCACGACAGUAAAAAAAAUACUGAGAGGUUGUCAUCAAGCCUACCUUAAAACUAGUUUUUAAAAGGCUUGAAAAAAAGAUACCGUCCCUUAAAAGACCAGAAGCCUUUUUCAUUGUAACACAUGAGCCAUAGCAAAGUGGCACGCACCCGAUAACUGGUGAUGAAACAUAAAGCUGAAAGUUACAGAAACACUGAUUUCCACCUGUGCGUUGUAGCUUUGAAUACUGUGACUUGUAAAAGACUAACUGGUGUAUUAUUGUACGUAUUUUAGGGUUAGCUUUAGUUUAGUCUGUGGCCGGACGUUUAAAACUGAUUGUGUGCUCAUUUUACUUGAUUUAAUGUCAAACAUGUAUGCAAUGUAAAUACAAUAGAGAUGUGCCUUUAGAUUUGUUUUUGUUAAAUUACUGAAUGCAUUGAUUGUGACAUACAGUAGUUAUUGUUGAGAGGGCAGCCAGAAGAGAGCUUCUGUAUGCUGGUUUUGAGACUCAUGCAGUUUUGAUACAGUGGGUUGACUUGUAAUAAUAAAGAAAGUACCUGUGAUGGUAAAAAGUG